AUGGAUAUCCAACUUCUUGAGACCUCCACUGAACCAAUCACAACACCCGCACAAAUCACUGUCCCCGUAGUCACCGCACAACCUUCAAAUCCGGUCAUUCCAUCACCCAAUCCCGUUACCACACAACCACCUCAAGAAGUGCCUCAACCAGUUCCACACACCUUCGAUACAACAAUAAAUCAAGAGCCAUUCAAAACGGAUGAACACAAGUCCGAGAAAAGUUCGAAAGAAGAGAAAGAUGACAAACCUAAAGAAGAUAUUGAAGUGAAAAGUCAGGGAUUUAGGAAGAGUCGAAAUUAUCAAACAGAGCAGCAAGGCGUCUUCAUUGCACUGCUCAACAUGUUUUAUGAUGUCACCAUUGAACACCCACGAAAGAAGUCGAAGAUCACACUCCCCUUUUUCACAGUCAUCAAAAUCGAGAGCGACGAGGAGGCUAUUGACGUCCGCGAGAAUGUCGGAGAGAAGAUGUCUGAAUUGCACCGAAAGGAUGUCGAGGGCGGUUGUUCAGAGAAGACGGCUGCUCGACGACAAGAGGUAUACAGAGUUGCGGAACAACUGCACAUUCUUAUGGAUUUACUCAGAGAUGUUGGCUUCGACUUAGAUACAAAGACUACAACGGGAAACAAAAGUAACGUCAAAGAAACAGUCAGACAACUUUCUUACGAGAACUACAUCUUCGACGGUGAAUUUGUUGAAGGGAGAGGGGCUGAUAUUAACGAGUUAAUCGUGAAGAGACUCGAGGCACUUUCUAAGUCUACUAAUUUGGUCAUAAAAAAAGGUGACCCUGAAAUUGUUGCAAUUCUUAAAGGGCUCAAUAAAAAGUAA